AUGGCGACACUGCAAAGAUUCGAUCACUUCCUCGAGCUCCCCCGCGAGUUGCAACUGCGUAUCUGGGAGUUUUACCAGCUUGCGCAGCCGCACCAUCGUCACUAUUUCCGGAGCAUGAUUGUCUUGUCCGGCCGUCUCUAUGCAGGCGCUGACCAAUACACGAAUCGGCCCAUCUUGAACAUCGCCACUGCAGACGAUCCAAACCAGACCCGAGUUCCCAACGCGGCCGUUGCCCCCUGGACAAAGAUUGAGCUUCCGACCAAUAAUCAGGACCAACAUUGGGCUUCGCAGGAUGACUUCCCCGCCGCAGCAACCUUCAGUCGCAUUCAGACGCCCAAGAGCAUGGCAAGCCCUGCCCAUAUCUACGUCAACUUCAGAAACGACACAUUUUGUUUCGUAAACAAUUCCACAGAUGGCAAUAGCAAUGGAGGAAACAGGAACUUUCUCCAAUACCUUCACGGCGCAACCAGCCUGUUUCCUUUCACGCCUGGACCCCCGUCCCGCAACAUGUCGCACUGGUUUUCCCGCAUCGAGAGCAUUGCUCUCAUCAACCUUUCCGCCGAUCGAAACUUGAGUUUCUUCGACCGUCAAGUUCUGGGGACGCAUCCAAGCCUCAGAAGAGUUACCAUUGUAACUGUUGUAGGCCCUUUCCUCUGCAUGCACUUCGAUUUACCAACCGAACGGCGACCGGAAUCUUCUAGUGCCAUCGAACGAAUUCCUUUAAAGACGUUUCUAGUGAUGCGGGAAAGAGUGACAAGAUCAUGCAUUUGCGAUGAGCCGAUGAAGUGUCUUGGUGGCCUGGAGCAGUUGAAACAGGAACUUGUCGACCUGUUUCGAAACCGAACAAACACUUUCCCUCGGGUUGAUGUUGCUAUCGAGGUGGAAGUGUACUGGACUCAAAGACCAGGCAUUGACUCUUUGGUUGCAGGCACUCAGUCCUCCUUGGCCCACAGCCUCGAGCCAUCAGCGCUUUUGGAAUCCCAUGAUCAUGUGGCUGGUGAUCAGCAGGCUUCGCAAGGCCUGCCGGAAAUCUGA